CGACACCAUGACAACCAGUUGUUGCAUGACAACCAACCAUGACCCCAUGGACAGAGCAGACCGCUGGGCUCAAAUUAUCACCCAAGGGUGCCCAUUAUUUUGUGUGUCUAGCCUUCAACUAAUCCAAACAUAACAGUGGGAAAAUGAUGCGAAACAGUGAAGCAGCUGCAGGAGGGCCGCAGUAUGGACAAAGAAUGAUUUUUACAGGCCCAGAUGGAAUUGGAGACUACAGGCCGAGAUCUAAUUAUUUUCCCCGCUACAUCGGUGUGGGCGCCUCAUCACCUGAGGCCACAGGUGACCUCAGUUACUUGUGCCGAGCCGCACCACAUGCCCCCCCUCCGAUGCCCAGGCAGAGAUAUGUGGGGGAGGUUGGCUGGGGCUGGCAGUAUAACCAGCUGCUUAACAGUGGGACACUGCUCAGCAAUAUGCAAAUUAAGAGAACUGAGUUACGGACAGCGUUGGAGGACAGAGUGACUCACAGGUUUCAGGAAAAAAAAAAGAACAUGACAGAUGACUCACAACAAGUCAACACCAAGUUUCACAGAGACAGUUACAGCUAACAGCAGAUGGCAUUCUACCACCCACGGCAGCUGAAGGACCUGACUGUUAAUGAGAUGCGUCGAGUUUGAUUAAACAUCUUUUAAUCCCUCUAACACGCUGACUUUUCAGCAGUUUCAUUUUUCACACCCUCCAGCCUGUAUGAUUACAGAGAACUUCACAUAGAUUUUCGGCAUCAAAUAGAUUCAGAUAGUUGUCCUGCACAGUUCUACACACCUGUAAAAGUUCACGGAAAGUUUAUGAGUACACUUUAUCUGUUAUAAUGACACAAUGGAAUCACAAUCACAAUGGAAGUCUGAAUAAAAACUGGGCAAAAAAAUAGUCUUUGUAAACAUUCUGAGAAUUCGUUCAAAGUGGUGUAACAUGUCAGAUAUAGCAUUGAUUUCUUAAACUGAAGAUUAUUUCCAAAAAUAAUAGCAACAACCAAGUUGGUCAUCGAAGGUCCCUCUCCCCUCUAACAGUAUCACAGAUAUGGACUUUUGAUUCCUAUUUGAGAAGCACCUAGUAAUCCAUCCCCAUCGGCCAAAGCAAUCAUAUCCACUUACGUCUGGUGUAGAUAAGUGGACAGAUUGUUUACCACAAGAGAAGCCACCUAUUUUCUUGCAAUUUGCAGGAAAUACCAUCGCUACAAUAGGCUGC